GGACGGGCAGUGGGGCCGGACAGCGGCUGGUGAGGGGCAGCUUCCCCGACAUCCGGACCGCGACGAGGAGCGGCAUCGGCACCGACAGCGCUGCCRGCGGCACCGGGACAGGUACCGGGACAGCAGCGGCGGCGGCACCGGCAGCACCCGCAGCGCCCAGCGCCGGCACCAUGGCCGAAGAUCUGCUGCUGGAGACGUGGGACCUGCACUGCGACCGCAACGGGCGGGAGCACCGCACGGCGGACAUGGGCUGCAAGCAGCUGGUGGUGCGGAGGGGACAGCCCUUCACCAUCACCCUGCGCUUCUCSGGCCGUCCCUACGAGGAGGGAGUGGACAAACUCGCCUUCAACGUSGAGACGGGGCCCUGCCCCAGUGAGACAUCAGGAACCAGCUCCCACUUUGUCAUGACGGACUGUCCCGAGGAGUCGUGCUGGAGCGCCGUGAUGCAGCAGCAGGAUGGGGAGGUUCUGUCUGUGUCGCUCUGCUCCCCGCCCGACGCCCGCAUCGGCCGCUACAGCAUCACCCUGGAGGCCUCCACCGACUACCAGGGCUCCAGCUUCCAAAUCGGGGACUUCUUCCUGCUCUUCAACCCCUGGCACCCAGAGGACACGGUUUUCAUGCGUGACGAGAACGAGCGGCGCGAGUACGUCCUGUCCCAGCACGGGCUCAUCUACCAGGGCACCUGUGACUACAUCUUCUCCAUCCCGUGGAACUUUGGCCAGUUUGAGGAUGACAUCUUAGCCAUCUGCCUCAACAUGCUGGACAUAAACCCCAAACAUCUGCGGGAUCAGAACCGGGACUGCUCGCGCCGCAAUGACCCUGUGUACAUUGGCAGGGUGGUGAGCGCCAUGGUGAACUGUAAUGAUGAGGACCAGGGGGUGCUCUUUGGGCGGUGGGACAAUCGCUACGAUGACGGGAUGAGCCCCAUGGCCUGGAUUGGGAGCGUGGAUAUUCUCAAGAGGUGGAAGAAGUUUGGGUGCCAGCCAGUCAAGUACGGCCAGUGCUGGGUGUUUGCUGCUGUGGCGUGCACUGUCAUGCGGUGCCUGGGAAUCCCCAGCCGGGUGGUGACCAACUACAACUCAGCCCACGACACCAACGCCAACCUGACCAUUGACCGCUACGUCAACGAGAGGGGGGAGCAGGUGCGGCAGUCCUGGGACAAGAUCUGGAACUUCCACUGCUGGGUGGAGUCGUGGAUGGCCCGUCCAGACCUGGCAGCUGGCUAUGAUGGGUGGCAGGCGCUGGACCCAACRCCCCAGGAGAAGAGUGAAGGAGUUUACUGCUGCGGGCCGGCCCCCGUCAAAGCCAUCAAAGAGGGUGACAUGCAGUUCAAGUACGACAUCCCCUUCAUCUUCGCGGAGGUGAACGCCGAYGUGGUGUACUGGGUGGUGCAGGGCGACGGGAUGCAGAAGCAGAGCAUCCGGUCCUCAGACGUGGGGAAGUUCAUCAGCACCAAGAGYGUAGGCAGGGACAGCCGGGAGGACAUCACCCACAACUACAAAUAUCCCGAGGGGUCCGAGGAGGAGCGGGCRGUGUUUGAGAAGGCAGAGCAUCAGAAGAAAUCCAUCGGGGAGGAGGAUGAGGGGCUGCAUCUCCGGAUCAAGGUGUCAGAGGGUGCAAACAAAGGCCGUGACUUCGAUGUCUUUGCUGUYGUCGGCAACAACACGGACGAGGAGCGUGUCUGCAGGGUGACGCUGUGUGCCCGUGCCAGCAGCCACAACGGCACCCUGGGGCCCCAGUGCGGCCUCACAGACCCGGUGGACAUCGACAUUGAGCCCAGGGCAGAGAAGAGGGUGCCCCUGCACAUCCUAUACAAAGAYUACAAGGACAAACUGACCCAGGACAACCUCAUCAAGGUGGUGGCUCUCCUCAAUGAUCACCAGACCGGCGACAUCCUCGUAGCUGUCAGGGAUAUUUAUGUUGAGAAUCCACCGAUCAAGAUCAGGAUUUUAGGAGAGCCGAUGCAGAAUCGGAAGCUGGUGGCGGAGAUCAGCCUGGUGAACCCCCUGGAAGUGCCGCUGAACGGCUGCGUGUUCGUGGUGGAGGGCACUGGCCUCACUGAUGGGCAGUUGGUCAAGGAGCUUGAGGAGCCAAUGGAGCCGCAGGCAGAGGCCAAAUUCCGGAUGGAUCUGAUGCCACGGCUGUCGGGGCUACAGAAGCUGAUGGUGGACUUUGAGAGUGACCAGCUGACRGGGGUGAAGGGCUACCGCAACGUCAUCAUCGCACCCCAGCCCAUGUGAGCAGCUGUGGUGGCUCUCCAUCUGCAGAAACCCUGCCUCGCUGGCCCCCACCCGCUUUAGCCCAAGAUGGUCCCAGUGGUGCCUGAAGGAUGACUGCCAGCGCCCAUCCUGACCCACACCCCGCUCCUCCCCAGGAGCAUGGACAUGACAAAGGGGCUGCUGGGGUCUGCUGGGGUCUGGGGGCUGCCGUGGCAGCUGCUCACUUCACUGCUGUCCCUCACCCUGAGGGGUGGAAGCAUCCCCAUCCUGCCUCUCCCCCAGCACCAGUUGCACUGGGAGCCCUGUGCCAGCUCCUUCCUCGGUGCCGCGCUGGCAGCCCCGGUCCGCAGAGCCCAUUUCUGUGUGGCAGUGGCACACACGGCCCCUCCAGCCCCGACUGCACCCGCUGGCACCAUCAUCCGACUGCAGCCCCRUAGAGAGGUUGUAUACUGUGAGCACAAAGCUGUCUAUGCACCAUAUAUACCUAUAGAACAGAUCUAUAUACUGCAAAUAACCUUCUGCUUGGGUACAGCCGGGCAUUGGUUUAGAUAACCAUCCUGGCACUGCAGGCGCUGCAGGGGGGGAUGGAACGUUACCUGGACAUGAAUCAACUAUGCAAGCACUGAAUAAAAMCUCUAUUUUUCACUU